AUGAGUGUCUUUUAUGCUCAGGAUGCUUUGAUCUUCGUCUCAGUAUCGAUGCGUCUGGUUUUAGCGCUUCACGCAACAGAGCCAGUGCCUCGAAUUGCCAGAAAGGUAUUCUAUGAGCCAGUGCGUCCCACACCUGGUUUGUUACGCAAUCUCAUUUAA